AUGUCUACCGAAGAAGCUGUCCCUGCUGGCAUUGCCAAUGCUGGCGAGGAGUCUGUCGCCCAGCGUCUUCAACAGCACCAUGUGACUGUUGAGGACGUGCCGGAUGACGAAUUGCCCGCCAAGUCGGCCGAUGACGCAUCUGCUUCUGGAUCUGCUCCCGCCGCCAAGGCUGCGAAGCCCAAGCAGGCUGCUCUCGAUACCCAGUCACACGAGCUGUUCCCCGAGCUUGGAGCUCCCAAAGGCAAGGCCCCCAACGUUGCUCCCAUCUGGGGCGCUAAGAGCAAUGCCAAUGGCGGUUCCAACGGUGUUUCUCGCUCGUCGACUCCGGCAUCUGGCGCUGAGACUCCCGUUUCCCAAGCGCCUACCCCGGCCAUGGUCAUUCCUGGACGCAGAGUCGAAACAAUUACUCUCGCUCCUCAAUUCCUCCGCCCCCGUUCCGAACUUCGACGCCCAAUUCCGGAUAUCCUCAAGGACAUCAACCGCAAGUCUCGUGCCAACAUCACCAUGACUCAGUCUCCCAAUGGACACCUCAAGUUCAUGGCUUCUGGCCCUCAGGAAGUCGCCCAACAGGCACUCAAGGAUCUAGUUGCCCAGAUCGGAACAAAGGUCAAUGUCAAGGUCCCCAUUCCCCAGGCUACCCGCGCAUUUAUCAUUGGCAAGGGUGGUGCCACUAUUAAGGCUCUCCAGGAGAAGACGGGUGCUAGGAUCCAGAUGCCCAAGGCCGAAGAGAACCAGGCGGUUGAUGACGAUGACGAGGCUCUCAUCGAUGUCAUCGUAGAGGGCAAUGCUAUUUCUGCCGCCUCUGCCCGGGACGAGAUUCUCAAGAUUGUGGGCGAGCGGGUUGCCAACGUUCAAACCAAGGUCCGCGUCCCCACUCAUCAGCUGUACUCAUCCGCACCGCUUCCCGUUGCACCGGCCCCCGGUCAGCGACCCGUGUUUGCUGCGGCCGGCGCGGAUGACGAGCAUAUUCUGCUUGCCGGUGACCGUGCCGCCGUUCAAAAGGCCCGAGCUGAAAUUGAGCGUCGUGCCGCUGAGCUGCAGAAGCAGCUGGAAGCCGAGCAGCUUUCCAUCCAACGUGGCCGACAUCAGUUCAUUAUCGGACAGCGAGGUAUCCCCCUGGAAGAUUUCUUCAAGGAGACUGGCUGUGCCAUCCUGUUCCCCUCAGAGGAAGAUGAUGAUAUGAUCACCGUCGUUGGACCUCCCUCCCAGGUGCAGGCCGGUCUUGAAAGAGCCAUGGAUCUCGCCAUGGGUAUGCAAAUGUCCAACAUUGAUAUUUCAAGAUCUCACCGCAACGCUCCUGGCGGAGCCUUGGCUCAUGCUGCCAACAUCACUCGAUACCUUCGUCAACGUAAGGAGAUUGAGCGCCUUGAGAAGCUUUACAGCACUCACAUCAACACUCCAUUCUCUCAAGACGGCGCCCUGCCCUGGGAGCUGUACUCUCGUGAGGGUAAGAAUGCUAUUCGUGCCCAGUCGGAGAUUACUGCAAUUCUCAAUGGACACCCGCCGUCUCGUAUGCAGACCGUCUCUAUCGACCCCUUCUUCCAUCAGCACUUGCGCAACAAUGUUACACCAAAGAUCAAGGAGGAUUUUGGUGUUCACCUAGUCGUUCCGGAAGCAUCAGAAGCCAAUGUCCCCGUGCUUCUCGUGUUUGAGGGCCCUGACCCUGCUGAGGGUGCCUACCAACCCCCCCGCGUCAAGCCUACAGAGGCUGAAGCUCGCGCCUUUAAGCAAGCGCUAGAUGCUGCCCAAAAGCACAUCCUUGACCUCAUCAACAACCAGGAGGAGCUUAGCGAGGUGGCUCUUGACGUCCCCGUCAAAUUCCACGAGAAGCUGCGCCGAUUCAUCAAGAAGGAGCAGGAGAGUCGCGAUGAGUCCCAGAUCCCCAUCCGAGUGGGAAAACUUGGCACCACUGUUACUCUGCGAGGACCCAAGUCUGCCGUUGAGUCGAUUGCCAGCAAGGCAACCGCUUUUAUCGAGCAAGAAAAGAUUGAUGAGAAGGAACGCGGACAUGUCUUGACUUUUGACUUCCCCCAGAAGUUUGCCAACCACCUCAUCGGCAAGGGUGGUAGCAACAUCAAAGAGCUCCGUGAUCGAUUCGACGUCGAGAUCCAAGUCCAAGACGGCAAGGUGGAGCUCAAGGGACCUCAAGCCAAGGCUGAGAAGGCCCGAACAUAUAUUCAGAAUCUCAGCCGUACGCUGGCGGAUGAGACAACCCACACUCUCAAGAUCGAUCCCAAGUUCCACAGGGAGCUAAUUGGUGCUGGAGGCAGCCAAAUCAACCGCCUGCAGACCAGAUACAAGGUUCUCAUCUUCUUCCCUCGAUCAGCCAAGGCCGGCGAUGACCAACCAGGCGCCGAUGCGGCAAGCGACGCUGGCAAACCCCGUCGCCAGCAGGCUCCGGACGAGGUCAUUAUCCGCGGUCCCAAGAAGGGUGCCGAUGAAGCCCGCGAUGAGAUUUACUCGCUGCACAAGUACUUGGAGGAGCACUCUCACACUGCCACCAUUGGAGUGCAACAGAAGCAAGUUGGCUCCCUGAUAGGCCAGGGAGGUGCUGCUCUGGAUGAGCUCAGGCAGCAGACUGGUGCUCGCAUCGAUGUCCCAGCUGACCGCGACACCCCCAUUGUCGAGAUUCUCAUCAGGGGAACCGCAACCCAAGUUAAGAAGGCACAGCAGAUCCUCGAGGAGAAGCGAGCGGCAUUUGAUGACACGAUCGUGCAAACAAUUGAUGUGGACAAGAAGCAUCACAAGGCUCUGAUUGGAGCUAGCGGUGCCAACCUCCGCGACAUUGUUGUCGGAGCCGGCGGUUCAGAUGAUCGCCGCGCUCUUGCCCGAACCAUUCAGUUCCCCAAGCAGGAGGCUGAUGGCAACACCAUCAAGGUGGAGGGCCGCACUCAAGUAGUCCACAACAUCAUCAAGCGAAUUCAGGAGAUUGUUGCCGAGCGUGAUAACCAGGUGACUGAGGUUGUGGACGUGCCAAUCGACCAGCACCGAUCACUUAUCGGACGAGGAGGUGAUGCCAAGCGCCAGCUUGAGUCGCAGUUUAGCGUCUCCAUCGAUAUCCCCCGCCAGGGCGACGGCAAGACUGGCGUCAAGAUCACUGGCCGACCCGAGAAUGUUGCCUCGGCCAAGGAGCACAUCUCCGGCCUGAUCAAGCAGCAGCAGGGCGAGACGCUCCAGAUCCCCCGUAACGUGCACCACGUCGUGUCCAACAACGGCCAGAUCUUCCGCCAGCUUCGUAACAACUUCCAGGUGACAGUGGACCACGCCGGCCAGAGCAUUCCUGCCAAGCCCACGCCAUCUGCUAGGGCUGUUGAGGGUGCUCUGCCCCUGAUUACGGAUGAUGCAGAUGCAGCAACUGAUGUUCACUCUUGGAAGGUCGUCAGUGCCGAAGCAGGCGAAGAGGGCGAGAUCCCAUGGAUUCUUCGCGGAACUGCCGAAAACGUUGCCAAGGCCAAGGAGGUGAUCCUCAAGAACCUGGAGCAGGCCAAGGCCAAUGACUCUACGGGAUACCUUAUCCUCCCCGAUCCUCGAACCUACCGUUUCGUCAUUGGACCCAACGGCAGCAAGGUCAAGUCAAUCCGAAACCAGAGCAACUGCCAGAUCCAGGUGCCGCGAGACCAGGCAAAGGACGAGGCCAUUGAGAUUCUGGGCACUCGUGAGGGCGUAGAGAAGGCCAAAGAUCUCAUCCUGGCCGCUGUUCGGGAGGGCGAGGCCAAGUCAAGGGAGUAA